AAUUCAGCAUUAUCACACACAUCUGGCAAUUACCCAGAAAUAGGCAACUAUUGAUAUUGUAUCUGGCAAUGUGAAUUAUUUCAUUUAUAAGCAGUAAAUGACCUUGAUGUAUAAAUAUAGAUAUUUAGGCAGUGCAUAUUAUACAUGUAUACAUACAACUAAGUUGCAGUAACAACAUGCACAGCUACUGAGAUUAAAACUAUUAGAGGAUACAAUCUGAGUCAGGUUCACAGAUUCAUAAAUAUGGGGAUAGAGAAUUCAAAACCUAAACAAUUCACACCAUUUGAAAUCCAGCGUCGCAAAGAGAUUGAUGCGUUAUGGACAGGAAUGAGGCAACAUGCACGUAUAGUGACGAGGGCACAUUAUUUGUCAGCUGAUCAUUGGGAAGAAAGGGCAAGGAAUAUGGAAGUUGUUAAAACUGUCCUUGGUUCAUGUGGUCUAGCUGGGCUAGGUGGUGUUUCUUUCUCUAAGGUUUUAAAACGAAAAGCAGGUGGCGCUAUUGGUAGCUCAUCAAUGUUUGCCACAGGCAUGGCCAUUAUUUAUUCAUUUAGUGGGGAAUAUAUGAAGACAUCACGUAAUCCUGCUGCACUUGCGGAGAAAUAUAGCGAGGCGGGUGCAAAUUGGAAAGAACUACAUGAUAUGAUCCGUAUGGACCAGAAAUUGUGGCUCUGGGAUCCUAAUGUUGAUGCACUUGCGCUUGAAAAACUUCACGAAGAACUGCUGGAUAAAAAAUUUCAAAAUAACAAGUAUCUAAAGACGGAGAUCUGGGCUUAUAAGCAGGUCAAAGAAGAGAUGAAAAUUGAGGAGGAAGAAAAGAAAAAUUUCCAUGACAAGUACCAUUAAUAAUAGACAGUGGUACACAUAUAUGUCAAGUACCAUUAAUAAUGGACAGUGGU